AUGUCGACUCUGCGCAGGGCUUCGCGUUUUUCACUCGACAAGGAGUUGACGCCUAAGACCUUGUUUUCUCACUUACAAAAAGCUAUAAAUGGACAAGAGACUCCUCCAAAAUCUAAACAUGUUCGAGCCAUAAUCCUUGAAACAUUCAAUCAGAAGUCAUCAUUCUUCCUUUAUUCCGUUAUUCCCGAACUUCAAGUUACGACUAAUGAGGUCGCUUGCUGGAAGUUUCUGAUUGUUUUACAUAAAGUGCUAAGAAAUGGUUACGAAGAGUUUCCUAUUAUUCCUGGUGAUUUACAAAUUAAUAUAAACAGCCUACUGGACUACGUGGGGCGGACACCCGACAAUCAAUUCACUCUCUGUAUCUGUCUGAUGGACUACCUAGAGAUUCUCCUCCGAUUUCAGGAAGCUGUCUUCACCAACAUCAGUAAAUACUUCUCAUUGUCUACAGAGGCCCGACAGUGUCAACUGGUUUCUCUGGUUCAAUGUAUUCAAGACAGUGCCGCCCUCUACGACCUUAUCCUCAAAACCCUCAUCCAGCUUCACACAGUGGUAAGCGUUGAUGCUCUCGCUGGACAUCGUCAAAGGUUUAAUGCGGAGUACUAUAAGCUCAGAGAUUUCUUCCGGACGGCCAAUCGAUCACAGUACUUUAAGGACCUUCUGAAAAUUCCGAUGCUGCCUGAUAAUCCGCCAAAGGUGUACGGUGGUCUUGGCAUAGACGGUGUUCAGACGUUGACCGUGACCGAAAAUUCUGAUGAGCAUUCUGACCAGCGCUCCCAGCCUUCGCCCGAACCGCAAUUGAUUGAGAUCAGUGAUAAGCCAGUGAGUUUCCCCGACCUGUUAGCUGUCUUUGUGGAAAAUCAACUUACGGAGCCUUUUACAGACAUUGCCCAGCGCCAAACCAACCCGUUCCUUACAGCAGAUCCGGCCCCACUGAGUCUUCCAUCGACGGCUCAGCACGAAUACAUGCUGGAGAUUGAAAUGCUCAAGUCGGAAAUUGAACGUGUGCAAAAUGAGGAGUCCAAUAAGCAACAACAGCUACUGGCCCGCAUCAAGACCCUGGAGGACGAAAUCAAAGGACUGGUACAAGUCAAAUCUGCUCAGGAUGAUGUAAGUUUGUUCGUAUUUCUCGCCCUCCUCCUUUCGUCAUAA